AUGAGACAGAGGUGGAAAAGGUCGAAUAGGGUUAUUGCACAGCAAAGCACUAGGAAGUUGGAUGAUGGGUUCAGACCUCAUAGAAAGCAGUGGGUAUAGUCUCGGGCUUUUUAUUCUCCUCAAUUAAUGGGUAUGAAGGUAAGGUUUCCUCUUCAGUUUGCGUUUUUUGAACAUUCGGAACAGGCGGAUUCGAAGAGGAAAGCCCUGAAGCACCCAAGAUCGGAGUAGGAGGAUAGAACUGUUGCUGUUGUUGCCUUCGUUGCUGCAUUUGAUACUGACGAUAUUGCAUCCGUUGAGACCGCGUCUGACGCAUUCCCGAUGGUGAAUACCCGCGUUUGGAAGAGGGUGGAGGUGGAAGACUUGAAACAAUUGGGGAAGCCCCACCUCCAAUGCAUCCUUCUGAGGGUUCCUCUUGAAGGUCAGCAGAAGGUCCACACACCUGCCAGAAACCACGAACUGGUCCGGGUGUACCGUAGGGUGCUUGAGGAGACGCAGGUGUUUGUGGAGGCAAUCUUUGGAGCCGUGUAA